CCGCUGCCGCUGCCGCUGCCGCUGCUCCUCCUCCUCCUCCUCCUUCUCCUCCUCCUCCUGCCGCCGCUCCCCGCCGCAGGCCUGCGUCUCCUCGGCGCUCCCCAGAGACUGACGGUGUCCCAGGGGCAGCCGGUCAAGUUGAACUGCAGCGUGGAGGGUCUGGAGGAGCCCGAGAUCCAGUGGCUGAAGGACGGGGCCCCCGUGCAGAGCGUGGACCAGGUCUACAUCCCGGUCAGCGAGCAGCACUGGAUCGGCUUCCUCAGCUUGAAGUCCGUGGAUCGCUCGGACGCCGGCCAGUACUGGUGUCAGGUGGAGGACCGGGGCGAGACGGAGACAUCCCAGCCCGUGUGGCUCACGGUGGAAGGUGUGCCGUUCUUCACGGUGGAGCCCGAGGACCUGACGGUGCCCCCCAAUGCCCCCUUCCAGCUGUCCUGUGAGGCCGUGGGGCCCCCCGAACCCGUCACCAUCGUCUGGUGGAGGGGGGGCUCCCGGGUCGGGAGGCCUGCCCCUUCCCCCUCCGUCUUGAACGUGACCGGGGUGACGCAGAGCACCGUCUUCUCCUGCGAAGCCCACAACGUGAAGGGCCUGGCUUCUUCCCGGCCGGCUACCGUCCACCUGCAGGCCCUGCCAGCGGCGCCCUACAACGUGACGGUGACCCGGCUGACCAGCAGCAAUGCCAGCGUGGCCUGGACGCCCGGCUCCGACGGCCGCGCCCUGCUCCAGUCCUGCACCGUCCAGGUGGCUGAAGCCCCCGGCGACUGGGAAGUCCUGGCUGUGGUGGUCCCCGUGCCCCCCUUCACCUGCCUCUUGCGUGGCCUGGCGCCCGCCACCAACUACAGCCUGCGGGUGCGCUGUGCCAACGCCCUGGGACCCUCCCCUUAUGCCGACUGGGUGCCCUUCCAGACCUUCAGCUUGGCUCCAGCCGGUGCCCCCCAGAAUCUCCACGCCACCCGCACAGACUCGGGCCUCAUCUUGGAGUGGGAAGAGGUGACCCCGGAGGGUCCCAGCGACAGCCCUCUUGGGCCCUAUCUGCUAUCCUGGGUCCAGGACAACGGGACCCAGGGGGAGCUGACGGUGCUGGGGACCAGGGCCAACCUCUCGGGCUGGGACCCGCUGAAGGACCUGACGGCCAGGGUGUGCGUGUCCAACGCGGCCGGCUGCGGGCCUUGGAGCCUGCCCCUCCGGGUCUCCUCCCACGACCACGCCGGCCGGCAGGGCUCCCCGCACAGCCGCACGUCCUGGGUGCCGGUGGUCCUGGGGGUGCUGACCGCCCUGGUGACGGCGGCCGCGCUGGCCCUCAUCCUGCUGCGCAAGAGGAGGAAGGAGACUCGCUUUGGGCAAGCGUUCGACAGCGUCAUGGCCCGGGGAGAGCCCGCCGUCCACUUCCGGGCAGCCCGCUCCUUCAACCGCGAGGGGCCCGAGCGGAUCGAGGUCACGCUGGAUAACUUGGGGAUCAGCGACGAGCUGAAGGACAAACUGGAGGAUGUGCUCAUCCCGGAGCGGCGGUUCACCCUGGGCCGCAUGCUGGGCAAAGGGGAGUUUGGGUCCGUGCGGGAGGCCCAACUGAAGCAGGAGGACGGUUCCUUCCUGAAGGUGGCGGUGAAAAUGUUGAAAGCGGACAUCAUCUCCUCCAGCGACAUCGAGGAGUUCCUGCGUGAGGCCGCCUGCAUGAAGGAGUUUGACCACCCCCACGUGGCCCAGCUCAUCGGGGUGAGCCUGCGGAGCCGGGCCAAGGGCCGCCUGCCCAUCCCCAUGGUCAUCAUGCCCUUCAUGAAACAUGGCGACCUGCACGCCUUCCUGCUCGCCUCCCGCAUCGGGGAGAGCCCCUUCGACCUGCCCCCGCAGACCCUGCUGCGUUUUAUGGUGGACGUGGCCAGCGGCAUGGAAUACCUGAGCACUCACAACUUCAUUCACCGUGACCUGGCGGCCCGUAACUGCAUGCUGGCCGAGGACAUGACCGUGUGCGUGGCCGACUUCGGGCUGUCCCGGAAGAUCUACAGCGGCGACUACUACCGGCAGGGCUGUGCCUCCAAGCUGCCCGUGAAGUGGCUGGCGCUGGAGAGCCUGGCAGACAACCUGUACACGGUGCACAGCGACGUGUGGGCAUUCGGCGUGACCAUGUGGGAGAUCGUGACUCGGGGACAGACGCCGUAUGCCGGGAUCGAGAACGCCGAGAUCUACAACUACCUCAUCGGGGGGAACCGCCUGAAGCAGCCGCCGGAGUGUCUGGAGGAAGUCUACGAGCUCAUGUGCCGGUGCUGGUCGGCGGACCCCAAGGGGAGGCCGAGCUUCUCGACGCUGCGGCUGGAGCUGGAGCAGAUCCUGGGCCGCCUGAGCACGCUGUCCGCCAGCCGCGACCCCCUCUACAUCAACGUCGAGCCGGCCGGGGGCGACGCGGGGGCCGCGGCGGGCGGGGUCUCCAGUGACUAUCGGUACAUCCUGAGCCCCGCGGGGCCGGCCGAGCCGGCCGGAGGGGAGCGGCCGCCUGACGGGGAGGGUGAGGAGGCUCAGGGGUUGCUGCCUCCCGCCGAGAGCCUGCUGGCGUCCAAGGGCUGUUAGACCGGCCGGCGGCGGCGGGGGACGGCGGGCUGGCCGCUCGGCUGCGGGAGGCCAGUCUGACUCCGAGGGUGUGGGAGGGGGCUCCUGUGGAGUCCCCCUAAGGGAGCCGGUGGCCAGGGUGGCACCCCGAGGGACCCCAGGGUACCAUCCAGGUCUUCCCGCCGGCCCACCGGACGGAGCGGUUUACAGGGAAUCGGGGAGCCGGCCCUGGGGGUGGCUACCUUCCAGGAGGGUCAAGGGGCAUGGGGGCAGGGAAGCCGGGUCCCGGCACCACCGGAACCCUAAGGUCCUCCACACUGCCCGCCCGCCUACCGUGGCCCCCGCCACCGCCGCUUUAGUGCAUGCACUGAGCUGGCCCCGGCUCGCCCACGCCGCUGCCCCGGGUUUUAAAUUUGCCAGCCCGGCUCCGUCCAGCCCUGGCGGUGCCCGCUCGGCUCAGGGGCCCGUGGGGCCUGGUGUGGGGGACCGAUCCCUGCCCGGGUGGGGGGGUCCUGUGGAAGGCUCAUCCCUGGGGGGGCCGAGAGAACUAUGGCCCCCGCCCACCCCCAGGAGACCACACUGCAGCUGGCGGGGUGGGGGUGGGGCAGUGGGGCCACCUCCGGGUCCGGCCGCCGCCGCGCGGAGAGAAACCGCGUCUUCUGUCUUGCGUUGGAGCAUGCUAUACGAACCCUAACCCAACUAACAAAGGAGACCGUGUCUGAGCCCCACACGCCCCCUCCCCCGGCGUCCCUCCUCCCUCCCCGCCCCGAGAGACCCCCUCGGCGGACUCCUGGGGGUGGGGGCGGGAGGUGCCGGACCCGCCCCGGUUGCGGGCGAGGACUCAGGUAGGAUGCGCCCAAAUUGUCGUUAGAUGCUGUUUAAACACAAGAAAUAAAACGGAAAACUGAAAAGCC